AUGUCGCGGAUGACAAACAACUAUGGUGGUCUGCUGGCUGAGUACCUGAAGUCGCCAGACGAUCUGGCCAAGAUCCCAUCGCUUCGACGCAAACUCGUGCAGGAGCACGCCUCGCUCUCAGCGAAGCUGAAAAUGGGCGCUAAAGAUCAGCUCGAAGCGACGCGCGAAGGGCUCUUGCAACUGCAGUCGACACGCCGUGAAAUUGCUGGGAUCCAAGAGAUUUUUUCCCAGAUUGAAGGUCUAUGUCAGGAUCCCCGUGACGGCAAUAGACCGGAUGGAACGCAGAGCUUCCGUCUGAUCAGCGAGCUGUCGCAACUCCGGCGUGCGCUGGUGCAGACAGAAGAGAUCCACCAAAAGUUUGAAGCCAUGUCCCAAGACGUGCAGAUGCUCAGCAAAGUCUUGCGUCAGUAUCAGCGCGAUAUCAUGGGCCCGGCUCCCGAGCUAUUGGCCCUGCACUAUAAAAUCUCGCGCUGGGAAACGUUUCGCAAUGAGGCUUUGCACCUAGCUGGCACGAGUGCGCGUGAUACGCGAGAGCAAUUGAUUGCUAUGCUAGCGCCCCUGGAAGAUUUGCUAGAUGCGUUCGAGUAUUAUAUCAUCUCUUUGUUUGCUCACACACUGAAUCUUGCGCGAUGUGGACAUCAGAGUGUCGUUGUAUGUCUUGUGAAGAUCAUGGAGCGUGAGAACCAAGAAGAUGAACGCACUGCCGCUAUCCGCUUCGCCAAGCAUGCCAAGAUCGACGGUGCUGCACGCUUUCAUGGGAUUGCCACUUACGGUCACAGCAUCAAGCUGUAUUGGCACAAGUUUCAGGACACACUUCGUGUAUCUGCUCUGCAGCGGCUGCUCAAAGCGUGGACCAGUUUGCGAGAGCCAAGCCCUGCUGAGUUGUAUUCACAGAUCGACUGGCUGUAUGACGAACUGGACCAGGCUCGAGCAUGGCUUGUGCCUCUCUUCCCCCCGACAUGCAACGUCUUCAAGAUGUAUGUGCAAGCGCAUCAUCGUGCUCUUGGCGAGCUGCUGCAAGCGCAAAUGCCCUUGGAUGAAGUAGAUGCAGCCUCACUGCUCGAGUUGUAUCAUGUGGCUCAAGAGCACGAGACUCGUUUGCUCAAGAAGAAGCACGGCAUCGACGCCAGCUGGCUCGAGCCUUCGCUGUUGGGUGGUCGUGAGCAGAAUAUCAUGGACGACUAUACCGGGCUAAUAACGCGCAAAAUGGACGACUGGACGGCGACGCUGAUGUACGACGAAGUAAAUGCAUUUGUGCAUCGAGAAAAAGCGCCCGAGGAAACGAGCGAGGGUAUGUACCAGCUGUCGUGCUGUGUGAUUUUCUUCCGUAUGAUGAAUCAGCAGCUCGAUCUUGCUGCCGAAACCAAGAACGCCGACCUUCUGUUGCGCGUCGUGGACCAUGCAUGUGGUGUUAUGCACCAGACACAGGCAACUUGGAUGCGCACAGCCCAGCAGGAAUUUAAGAAGCAGACAACGGCCAAGCAACCGGAAGAGGUCAAUGGUGGCCUUGUUGAGUACCUGAUUGCGCUUGCGAAUGACCAGCUCGCUAGCGCUGACCAAUGUGAGCAGCUUUUACACCGUCUUGUGAACCAGGUUCCGUCCGAGAACCGAGGUCGUGUUCGGGAGCUCCUGGACAAUGCACUGAACGGCUUCUUGGAUAUCAGCAAACACUGUUUGCAGCUGCUAGUUGACAUUGUGCUAUUUGACCUACGACCGGCCUUCAAGGACAUGUUUACGUUCCCCGCUUGGUACAUUGAAGGCACUACGGCUAUGAUCACCGAGACGGUCCGCGACUAUGCAGGCGAUUACGCUGCACGAUUAGAUCCCAACCUGUAUGAUGUGCUCUCUGAUGACUUGUUGAUGCGCUUGCUCGCAGCGUAUUUGACGGCGCUGCGUCGCUCAGCGCGUCUGCGCAUGCCAAAGGCAGCCGAACGCUUCGGUGUUGAUAUAAGCGAGCUAAGCAAUCUCAUCUCCUUCAUGCGUCCGGGUGAUGAAGCCACUUCACGCGUCGAAGUGCUGCACAUGAUCCAUGCGAUCCUGAGCUCGUCUUCGUCGAUGGUCUUCCUACCAUACUGGACUUUUGCCAAGGCACAUGGGCCGAACCUAGCAUUCAUCGAGGCAGUCCUGCGUGCUCGUGACGAUAUGGACAAGAACGACGUUACAGCCGUGCUAGAAAGUGCCAAGCGCAAGAUCCGACAAGAAAACUUGCCUGACGUACCCGAGGGAGGCCCGACCAUCAUGAGUGCCGUGUCCCAAACACAGGCUUCCGCCUUCUCCAAUCUGUUCUCAAACUGGCAUGCAGGCCCAGAUGGCGAUACUUGGAGCGCAUUAGCGCAGAGCGCACAAAACUACCUAGGCGCAGCCGGAUGGCGUCGCGACGCAUAG